UUGCGGACUGAGGUUUGAGGGUUGGGUGGAUUUUUAUUUAAGGAUUGAAGCUGCAGAAAUAUUUUUUAUUGGUGUCCAGCUCGGGGUUUUAAAUUUAUAUAUUAAAAUAAAGGCUAUCCGAUAUAGAGGGCAUCUUAUAGUGAGGUUUUAAUCUGCAUGAUUACAUUUUUUAAUUUUUAGCUCCUCCUAUUUUACAUCCUCAACCACCUAUGAUGUUUCAUCAUCCACCACCUCCUCCUCCUCCCUUUAUACCAGCUGUUCAACUGCAUCCAAUUUUGCCUCAUCCACCACCAGCUGUUUAUUAUCCUGCAAUGCACCCACCAGGACCCCCGCCACCACAGGUUUUGCCUCCAGACGACUUGGCUUAUGGCACUCAUCAUUAUCACCAGUAUCAACCAGGAUGGGACCAACAACUUUAUCACUAUUGGCACCAAAAUAAUCCGGUUCAAUCAUCAAUGCAAUAUCCGGGGAAUACUACUCAUUCUGGAGAGAGUUCAAAUAUUCAGGUGAGAGUUCAAAGAUUUUACAAUUAG